GGCUCGCACAUGGUGGGAAAAACGAUGCAACGGCCACCUAAACCUAGCAGGUAUUGCAAUUUAUUACAUGCUUUUUUCAGCUCCAAUAAUUCAACCGUAAGUAGACACGGCCCUCUCUUCAUCCCCAGGCUUCUGGUUUGUUUACGUUCUUGAAUGUGUAAGAUGAAUCGAGCUUUAAAACUGCGUAGGCAACCGCCCGCUACGCUGAGCGAUGCAAGCUUGAUGCCCAAGAACAAUGUUUCUGAGCUUUCCGAGCAUCCAGCUCUCUCUGAGGUGUACCGCAGCGAAAAUCCUACAGUAGAUAUUGUAGCCGUCCAUGGCAUUAAUGGUGACGCGUUUAAGACAUUUACGACUCAAGACAAGAAAUGCUUUUGGCUAGGGGACCAUGGCAUGCUACCAAGUGAUAUUACAAACAGUCGCGUUUUGACGUACAGCUACCCGGCCAAUGUCACGACUCUAUUCGGGCCGUCGUGCUCUGACACAAUAAUGCAUAUCGCUCACACCUUGGUCGCUGAGCUCGUUGCGGAUAGAGAAGCCAAUGACGCCACGGACCGUCCUAUUCUCUUCCUCUGCCACUCACUAGGUGGCAUUAUCGUUAAAAGAGCACUUAUCUACUCCAGUAGUAGAACUAGCCACAAGCUUCAACAUCUACACUCGAUUUACAUUUGCACAUAUGGUAUCAUAUUCCUCGGUACACCACACCAGGGUAGUGACAAAGCCAACCUCCUUAAAUAUGGCCAGCGUUUAGUAGCAAUUUGCGUCCCAUCUCUGGUUACUGAUACAACCCCAAAGCUCUUAGAGGCUCUACAGGAAGGUUCGGAGACAUUACAAGAGAUCACCGACGGCUUUGCACCAAUCAUGCAGAGAUUUCGCAUCUUCUUCUUUUGGGAGCAGCUAAAAACUCAUAUGGGUGUUACUUAUGACUAUGUAGUCUCCCACGAAUCGGCUGCGCCGAUUCUCCCAGAUACAGAGCGCGCCGGCCUGCAAAGCAACCACCAAGACAUUUGCAAAUUUGCGUCUAGGAACUCUCGUGGGUAUAAGCUAAUUAUAGCUGCGCUCAGGCGUUAUGCGCGCGAGGCACCCGAGGCGAUAUCAAGUCGGUGGAUUCAAGAACGCGAACUUAUGGGAGCCCGCCGGAGAUAUGAGGCGGAUGAAUUGCUUAGAUAGUGUAAGUUAAUCUUACUAUUACUAAGAUUUUAUAUAACGUGGUUCACGGGCGAGCGCUGCACUUCGCGUCAUUCUUUAAUUGAUCAACUUCAACCCGUAAUUCCACAACCAGCAAUAAUGGGAAAGGCCUUAAAUGAAGCUGAUGUUAUUUCAGCUCUACAAGCUUUAGAGCAAGAUCCAAAAUUAUCUAUUCGAGAAGCUGCUCGAAUCUACAACGUCUCCGAUCGUACAAUCCUCCGCCGAC